AUGUUUAAUUCUACUGGUGAUGACUCGACAGUGAAUAUAAUCGACGAUGAUAGAAUAGACAAACAUCCGGACACUAUAAAGACAGGUAUUCUUGUAAAGAGAGGACAAAAGUAUAAGACUUUCAAAAAACGUUACUUUGUAUUGGUAUCAGAUAAAAAUGAUUUGGACCAUCCCCUAGGAAUUAUCUACUUGAAAUCGAAUGCUUUUCUCAACAAGUCUGCAGAAAUAUCGGAAAGUGUCGGAUAUGGAUUCACAUUGAGAUCUGGAGCUAAACGUUUCUUACUUGCUGCAGAUUCUCCCGAAGAGAAAACAGCAUGGUUAAGAGCUAUUGAUAAAGUAAUGACAUUGAGUGCUUCCAAAGAAAAGCUAGCCCAACAGGCAACAGCAAGAAAGAGAAGUGUAGCUGUGAAUGGUAACUCACCAACAAACCAACCAGAAAAUAUGUUUAAAUUGGAUUCAUCAGAAAAUAGUGGUCCAAAGAAUAUGGAAAAUUCAACUGUAAAUUCUUUUGAAAAGGAGAAAAUUGAUAGACUUCAAAAACAAAAGGAUGAAUCUCUAAUGAUAUUACAACAGAUUGACUCUAAUUUUGUAAAAUUACUAUCCUCAAUUUCAAAUCUUAAACGAGAACUCGAAUCUUCCACUCUUGAAACAGUCGAACCAAAUCAAGAAACUAAGGAAGUAACUUCAACACCAUCAUCACGAAAGAAAAAAGCAACUUCUAGUGACGAUGAUUUCUCAGAUUCUGGAUUUGAUACUAGUGAUUCAGAAAGCGAGAACGUUAAGCCAACCUUUGAUCCAACAGCCAUACUUGCUCCUUCGACAGUAGCUGAUUUGAUGAACCCAGUCGAAAGAUUGAAAGGAUUAAAGUCAACAAUGGAAAAGAUGUAUAUAGAAUUGGAAAAUAUCACUGGAAAAGUGAAGAAUGUACAACAGGAUCAGGAGGAUCUCAUCAAACAAACCGAAACACAAAUUCAAGAGUUUGAACAAGAAAAUGAAGACCUCAGAAAGAGAAUUCAAGAAUUAGAAACAGAAAAUGAGGAAUUAGGUCAUCACAAGAAGCUUUUAAUUAAGGAAGUUAAAAAGCUUCGAACUGAAACCUCACAGCCCCAGACACAACAACAAUAA